GCAAAAUGGCAGAAAGACCUAUGUGGGAACAAAUUGGAACAAGUUUUGUACAGCUGUAUUAUCAACAGUUUGAUACCAAUAGGGAACAAUUAGGUGCCCUUUAUACAGAUGCUUCUUGUUUGUCUUGGGAAGGUCAGCAGUUCCAAGGAAAAGCUUCAAUUAUGGAAAAAUUGAUGACACUUCCUUUCCAAAAAAUUCAGCAUAAUAUAACAUCCCAGGAUCAUCAGCCAGCUCCUGACAAUUGUAUCCUUAGUAUGGUUGUUGGCCAAUUGAAGGUGGACAAUGAUCCAGUAAUGGGAUUCCACCAGAUGUUUGUUCUCAAAAACAUGAAUGACAAAUGGAUUUGUUCUAAUGACAUAUUUAGGUUGGCUCUGUAUAAUUUUGCCUGAAAUUUCUGCUCUUGUUUUACACUUACAAAUAUCAUAAUAAUGUUGGUUCUAAGUGUUAAGUUAUUUUCUUUCUGUAACUGCAACUGAAAAGCAUUUAUCUUCUAUUAAUUGAAAUCAUUUAAAAUAGUUGCAGUAUUACACAUCCUUUACUGUAAAACAUUUAAUAUUUUAUAUGAAAAUAGUUUGUCUAUUUUAAUUAUAUGAAGUUUGUGGAGACAACACAGUGUAUCAGUGCAUACACUUUUCUUAUACAAACAACAGUUUGGCAAUAAAAUAAUUUGCAUCGGG